ACGGGGGCUGAGGCCGGGGCCUCCGGGUAGUGGGCCCGUGAACCCCCGCGUCCCCGACUACCCCUCCUUGCCGGACCAUGCGCGCCCCGAGCCGUCCCGGAGGCUGAGCCCGUAGCCCCGCUCCGCCGUCGCCCUCCCGGCCGCCCCCAUGGCCUUGCCGGGCGCCGAGGGCGCGGCUGACAGGCCGGUGUCCCCGGCCCGGGAGGGCCCUGCCGGCUCCGCGUCGUCGUCGUCCGCCUCCUCCGGCGGCUCGGCCUCCGCCUCGGCCUCGGCGGGAGCGGGGCUGUGGGCCGCGCUGUACGACUACGAGGCGCGCGGCGAGGACGAGCUGAGCCUGCGGCGCGGCCAGCUGGUGGAGGUGCUGUCCCAGGACGCCGCCGUGUCGGGCGACGAGGGCUGGUGGGCCGGCCAGGUGCAGCGGCGCCUGGGCAUCUUCCCCGCCAACUACGUGGCGCCGUGCCGCCCGGCCGCCAGCCCCGGGCCGCCGCCGCCGCCGCCGCCGCCGCCGCGCCCCGGCUCGCCCGUGCACGUCGACUUCGAGCGGCUGGAGCUCAAGGAGCUCAUCGGCGCCGGCGGCUUCGGGCAGGUGUACCGCGCCACCUGGCAGGGCCGGGAGGUGGCGGUGAAGGCGGCGCGCCGGGACCCGGAGCAGGACGCGGCGACGGCGGCCGAGAGCGUGCGGCGGGAGGCGAGGCUCUUCGCCAUGCUGCGGCACCCCAACAUCAUCGAGCUGCGCGGCGUGUGCCUGCAGCAGCCGCACCUCUGCCUGGUGCUGGAGUUCGCCCGCGGCGGAGCGCUCAACCGCGCUCUGGCCGCAGCCAACGCCGCCCCGGACCCGCGAGCGCCGGGGCCGCGCCGUGCGCGCCGCAUUCCCCCGCACGUGCUGGUCAACUGGGCCGUGCAGAUCGCGCGGGGCAUGCUUUACCUGCACGAGGAGGCGGUCGUGUCCAUCCUGCACCGGGACCUCAAGUCCAGCAAUAUUUUGCUGCUUGAGAAGAUAGAACAUGAUGACUUCUGCAAUAAAACGUUGAAGAUUACAGAUUUCGGGCUGGCAAGAGAAUGGCACAGGACUACCAAGAUGAGCGCAGCGGGCACCUAUGCUUGGAUGGCGCCGGAAGUCAUCAAGUCUUCCUUGUUCUCUAAGGGAAGUGACAUCUGGAGCUAUGGAGUCCUGCUGUGGGAGCUGCUCACGGGAGAAGUCCCCUACCGUGGCAUCGAUGGGCUUGCCGUGGCUUAUGGGGUAGCAGUCAAUAAGCUCACUUUGCCCAUUCCGUCCACCUGCCCUGAGCCAUUUGCCAAGCUCAUGAAAGAAUGCUGGCAACAAGACCCUCACAUUCGUCCUUCAUUUGCCUUAAUUCUUGAACAACUGACAGCUAUUGAAGGGACGGUUAUGACCGAAAUGCCUCAAGAAUCUUUUCAUUCCAUGCAAGAUGACUGGAAGCUAGAAAUUCAACAAAUGUUUGAUGAACUGAGAACAAAGGAAAAGGAGCUGCGGUCCCGCGAGGAGGAACUGACCAGGGCUGCCCUCCAGCAGAAGUCCCAGGAGGCGCUGCUCCGGCGGCGGGAGCGGCAGCUCGCCGAGCGGGAGAUCGACGUGCUCGAGCGGGAGCUAAACAUUUUGAUAUUCCAGUUAAACCAGGAGAAGCCCAAUGUCAAGAAGAGGAAGGGAAAGUUCAGGAGAAGUCGGUUAAAGCUCAAAGAUGGCCAUCGAAUCAGUUUACCUUCAGUGACUUCAGACGAAAGCAAUAAAACCUGGGGACGGAACACGGUCUGCCGACAAGAAGAAUUUGAAGAUGUGAAAAAGAAUUUCAAGAAAAAAGGUUGUACCUGGGGACCCAAUUCAAUUCAAAUGAAAGAAAGAAAUGAUAGCAAAGAAAGAAUAAGACCUCUCUCAGACGGUAACAGUCCUUGGUCAACUCUCUUAAUAAAGAAUCCGAAAACCAUGCCAUUGGCUUCAUUAUUUGUGGACCAGCCAGGUGCUUCUGAAGAGCCAAGACUUUCCCCUGAUGGAUCAGAACACAGAAAACCAAAGCAAAUAAAAUCGCCUAGUCAAGCCUACGUUGAUCUACCUCUUUGGAAAGAUGGCCAGAGAGAGAAUCCAGUGGAACCUGGAAGCUGGGAGGAGGGACCGUCUUUGGGCCCUGCUGCCAGCAUGCCUCAGGUGACCCCUACAAAUAAUCGGAGCAGAUCCCCCCAGAGGAAGAAGACAGAGUCUGCUCUGUACGGCUGCACCAUGUUGCUGGCGUCAGUUGCUCUGGGGCUGGAUAUCAGAGAGCUCAAUAAAGCUCAGGCUGCCGAAGAACUGUUGCCCAAAGAAGAAAAGAAGAAACGUGAGGGAAUCUUCCAGUGGGCUCCCAAGUCCCGAGGUGGGGCCAGUCCUUCCACAAGGCCACCGUCUAUGGGCGAGAGGGCCAGCAGCCCACCCUUACUCCCUCCGCCAAGCGCCAUGAGCCUUCUGUCCAUGCCCUCUCUUUCCACAAAGUGCUUGCUACAGACGGACAGUGAAGAGUUGUCUGAGGGCAGCUCACACAUCGCUUUGGACCCCGAGACGCCCGCUCCGGAUUUUUGUGUUGCCAUCGGAGAAUGUAGUCAUGAGCCAACCUUCACGCCGAGACUUGAGACUGAUCGUAGUCGAUGGAAAAACCUGUCUCCUCCUUUCCUAGAGCAAACGUGGGGGAAUGUGCCUUAUUAUGCUUCUUCAAAAGAACAAGCAUCAUAUCACAGACGAACCCUGUCUGAUGGAAAUGCUUUUCAGACCCCAACUGGUGCAACCCUCAGCUCAGCCCCCGGAGCCUCGGACCUGCCCCCGGAGCGGGCUCUGGGGACGCCCCGGUGUUCUGCUGGUCCUCACGGUGACCGGCCAACGGAGGCCCCGCCUGAAAAACAAAGAGCCGGCACCCCAGUGCCUCCGCCUCGCCUUGCGUCCUUCCGAAGCCGCACGGAGUCGCAGCCCGCCGCGCAGGCACACUCUGCCGGGAGGGGUCCCGGACCCACCCACGCCGGUCCCCCCGGGGUCAGGGACAGAACUGCACCCCACGUGCCUUCCCUCCUGGACGCUGACACCGAAGGCCAGAGCAGGGACGGCACGGUGCCUUUGUGCAGGAUGAAGAGCAGAGCUAGCCGACCAUCAGUGCAUCACCUGGAGAAGGAGUUUCUGUCUUAAGUGCCUUAUGUUGUUCGAGCAUUUCUUUGUUUUGUUUUUAAGGUGAACAAAUUAAAACAGCGUGUCUACCUUUGAACUGUUUCAUGCUGCUGUGUUUUCGAAAGUUGUGGCCAUGUUACUAAAGUCGUAAUGGAUGGCAACCUUCUCGGAAAAGUGUAUGUGAUUGCUGUUAGCUGUCAUUUUUUUUUGCAAUGUAAAGCUAUGCUGGGUAGAAUUACCUGAAGCGUAGUUGUAAUGCUUCAUUGGUUCUCACUGACAUCCCCCAAAACCCAAAUCGGGAUGAGGUGCGCCAUGUUUGUCCCUCACUUCAUUUUCUUCCCAUUUGCCUUCCUUCCUUCUCUUUCUUUCUUUCUUUUUUUUUAUUUCUUUCUCUUUUUUUGUUAUUUGUGCAACAAAAAGCCAAGAAUAAUGUGAUAUUAGUCACUAAAGGUAUCUAUUUAAAAAAAAAAUUAAAGACUAGAAUAGAUGGAGAGCCAAUGACACCCCUGAACUGAGCAGUAGGUUUGUCAUGCAUAGAUAUGUCCAGGUGUCACACGGAUUAUGCCUAUCUCUCUCUUUGAGGGAAUUUUGCUGAAUGUAACUUGUAAACGUUUUACUGAAUGUAACUUCUAAAAAUGUUACCCAUCAGAACCCCAAAACAGAUUUUUAAAAGGUCAGUCAUGGGCAUUUGGCUAAGACCACAUUAUGUCCACCUAAGCGAGGCUAAUCUGUAGGUUCUUCCUAUAGAAGUGGUUCUUGUUUUAUCGUAGCCACUUAUUUGGUAUCCAGACAAUAAAGCUUUUCCAUUUCGUAGUAGGAUUUUUAAAAAUUAAGUGACAUAUGUAUUCACGUAUUGUAAACAUUCAUGUCAUUUAAUUUUACUUUUCUCUCUAUAAAUGUAUGGUUAUUCUAACAAUCCCAAAUACCAUUAGAGAGAAACACUGCCAAAUCAAGAAACAGCAACACUGUUAGAAUUUAAGUAUUUUGUAGUUAUCUUCACAUUUUAGUAAAUUGUGGAUAAAUGUUAGACAUUUGCUAAGAUAAGCUGAUAUGGUAGAAAUGACAAAUACAGAUUAUUUUCAGAUACAGGCUUUUAAAUGGAUUCGGGGUAGCGGAUCAGGAUUUUAAAUGAUUUUAUGAGUCAUUUUAUAAAAUCAUACCUCUAUGAUACAAAUAGACUACUGAGUUAUUAAACUACAGAAAUGCUAUCCAGGAGCUUGUAAAUUUGUCUGGGUUCUUUUGUUGAAUUCAUUAUGCUUCCGUUCUGUCACUAGAAUGUGGUUAUUUUGGAUGACAAUAAAUACUUAAAAUUUUGCACCUAAGGAAAAACUAAAUUAUAAACAUCGCUUGACAUUUCAUUUAAAAUUUUACCUUGGUUAAGGUUUACUGAAUAACCGAAAUGUCAGCAAUUUAAAUCAGCUGUGAUAAAAUAUCCACCUCUAGCAGAAAAAAGAAAAUGGUAUUAUUUGGCCACUUGAAACAUCAAGUGACUUGGCAGGUAUGCCCCAGAAGAUGGCGAACAGAGCAUGAAAGGAUUAUGUUAACAUAAGUGCAUUCUACCCCAAGGAAAACAAUCUUGGGUUUAAAAUUCUUGCAGCAAAAUCUCAGGUACUUAACUUUGUUUUGUCAUAUUAUGGUCCAUUCUAUGAUUUGGCUUCACUUUUGGGAGAUUGUUGAAGUACUAAAUCAAAAUUUGAUUUCCUCAAAAUUGUAUCACAUUUGAAACUAUGGUUGGCUGCUUCAUUCUAUAUGCAGUCAUUUGGGGGCAUUAUUUCCUGCUAAGGGUAAAGGAAAUACAUGCCUAAAAUAGCACAUGAAAGAAGUAUAGAAACUCUCAGUUUCGCUUCUGCCAAAACAUCGUUUGUGUGUGUGCGUGUGUGUGUGUGAGUGAGGGGUGGAGGGUAGUGGUGGGUUUUCAUCAGUCUCGUCCCUCUGCCCUGUUCCUGCUCCCAUGUAGCUUCAUUUUAGUCAACUCUACAUUAUUAUGAAUUUAGAAAUGAAGCUACAUUAAAAAGAUAAUUGCGGUACAAGGAUUCAAUCUCAUGUGACAGCAAAUAGUUGUGUUUUGCUGAGAUCUGUUGUAUAUUUGCGAUUUUCUAUGUGUAUUAGUAUAUUUAGCAGAAUCUGGUUAUUUAUUUUCAUGUAGACUUACUAGCUCGUUGAAAGAAAAAUUAAGCUGAUUACUAUUAGUCAAUGUUGAAGGUGCUCCCACUGCAGAAAUUUAAGGCCUGAGCCUGUUAUGCUGUAUUAUGAAGCCUUGUGACUGAAAAAGAUGUUUACAUAUGUUGUCUAUUUUUUUAAUAAACUUUUUUUUAU